AUGGUCGUACCCUCGAUCGAUCCUCACCCGCUGUCGGCCGUAGCCAAAGGAUGGGUCAUCCCCGACGAGGAUGUCGACAGUCGUCGUGCACUCCGUCAAGCCAAGCGGGCCUCGUUGUCGCUGUCGUCUCCAGCGCCACCUCCGUCGUCAUGCACCCCACUCGACCUCGCCGCCGUCGUCCCGGCCACGUCCGCCGCCGUCGUCCCGGCCACGUCCGCCGCCCACCAUUCACCCUUCGGCGCUUGCUUGGGCGCACACCCUGACGAGGAAAAGGGUCGAUCACUGCGAUCCAGUUCGGGUACUCUGCUAUUUGCCAAGUCGACAUGGCAAGCCCCUCUGAUCCAACACGACAUCGCAUGCGCCUCACCGCCCGUCGCUAUCGUCGGGUUGGGUGAUGACGAGGAGGAGGGCGGCUGGAUGGACGCGUGGAUCGCCGACCGCGGCAUCAAAUCUGAAGACGUCUUCAGCAAAGCCAACUUGCCUUCUAUCGUCGGGCCUGCCAAGUUUGAUUGGAUCGUCGUGUUGGCGACUGCCGUCGACACCGCCAAUGGCAAUCUCGAUCUGAGGUAGGUCUGGGCUUUCCCCACAACCCCCAAGUCACGCCACCCACGAUACUGACCACUGCAUGCAUCACCUGGAUCGCGCGUAGUAAUCGAGGUAUCGCUUUCGUACCUGAUUCGGUGUGGGAACUCAAGACGCUCAGAAGGUUACCUCAGCCUCUGCCCAAGUCGACAUCGACCGGUAUUAUGUUUUCCUCCGAGUCGUCGCUGUUACUCGGCGCAGGGUCGACAUGCUCGUUCUCCCGAACACAAUCAGUACCGACGACCACCCCCAACAUGUUUGGAUCAAAAGGUUGUACAAUAGCCACGGGGACACGUUCAUUCGCUCGCAGCUCCACCGUCUCCUUCGGCCGCACCCCCGGCGAGCAGAAUUCGCGCUCCUCGCCCCUCAGCUUCUCCGUCCCCCUCAAGCUCAACCUGACCCACAACGAGCUCACCGCAUCGUCCUUGUCGAACUCUCUCUUCACUCUACCGAAUCUGGAGCAACUAUUCUUGGGUCAAAACCGACUCGAUCGGAUACCCGCUGGGAUCGGUCGCCUCUCUGGGCUCGUCACCCUCAGUCUGCGCUCCAACAAGCUGCGGUACCUGCCGGCCGAGAUCCUAAAGCUCGAGAACCUCGAGCAGAUCACCCUCCAUCCCAACCCCUUCAUGCCGCCUCCCGUCACUUCCAAGGAUAAGAAAUCGUCCGACCAGGUCGACGAUACCGAUUCCAAGCGCGUGUUGGGCCCUCUGCGAGUCCAUUUCGCGGUGCCGUCGUUGGUCGAAACGAUGACGCGCUACCUUCUCUCGCCCUCCUCGGCUCCCACCCCGUCCCAACCCAAUCCUCCUCUGCGCAUCUCGUUAUGGGAGCGACCCGCAAACUUUCCCGACUCGCUCGUCGAACCGUUCCUAUCCACCCCUUUCCCGACCUCGUGCGUCUCCCGCCGCGAACGCACCGUCUCCGGCACCUCGACCGAUUCGUCCUGGUCCGUCGCUUCAACCGUCGAUGACGGCGCCACCGUAUCGACGCAACCUUUCGACCCGCUUGCCAAUGUGUGUCAGUCUCCAGUCCACGAUGGCGAAGCAAAAGUCUUUUUCCGCACUGCGGUCGAACGAUACGAAUGGGUCGCCGAGGGCACGUUCCUCAAGCCUUCCUUGAAGAGGGUCGACGGCGCCAAGACGAUCCCGAUCUUGCAUCGCGGGUGCGGGAGGACGUGCUUGGACUGGCUGGAGGAUCGUGAAUACCUGUCGUCGUAA